UCUGAGUCACCAGGCAGGCAGUCUCCCCUCUCCCACCUGGUCAAACCACUCCCCCAUCUUCCCCUCCCCCACCACCACCACCACCACCGCGACAACCCGCGCGCAUCCGCCCGCCAUGCCUCCUCCCCGCCUCCUCCUGCCGCUCCUCCUCCUCCUCCUCCUGCUCGCCCCGCCCGCCGCGCCGCAGCCCGCGCCGGCGCCGCAGGAGGACGACCUGAAAUGCCUCAAGGGCUUCAAGUCCGGCCUCCGCGACCCGGACGGGCGCCUCGCCUCCUGGGACUUCACCAACACCUCCGGCGGCGCCGUCUGCAACUACAACGGCAUCUUAUGCUGGAACAUGCAGGAGUCCCGCGUCCUCUCGCUCUCGCUCUCCGGGUUCGGCCUCCAGGGCGCCCUCCCCUCCGCCCUCCAGUACUGCCGCGCCGCCACCACGCUCGACCUCUCCGACAACGAGCUCGACGGCCAGAUACCCCCCGCGCUCUGCGACUGGCUCCCCUUCGUCGUCAACCUCGACCUCUCCUCUAACAAGCUCACCGGCCCCAUCCCCGCGGAGCUCGCCAACUGCCGCUUCCUCAACACGCUCAAGCUCUCCGGCAACCAGCUCUCCGGCCAGAUCCCCGCCUCCCUCGCGCGCCUCGACCGACUCAAGUCGCUCGACCUCUCGGGGAACAAGCUCGACGGCCAGAUCCCGACCCAGCUGGGCGCCAACUUCCCCAAGGACUCCUUCUCUGGGAACUCGGGCCUCUGCGGCCGCCCCGUCUCCUCGCGCUGCGGCCGCGGGCUGGGGGGCGCCGGCCUCGGCAUCGUCAUCGCCGCGGGGGUCUUCGGGGCCGCCGCUUCGCUGCUCCUCGCCUACUUCUUCUGGCGGUGCACCGGCAAGGGGCGCCGCCGCCAGAGGCGCGGCGGCAGCGAGUCCGGCGGCGCUGCCGUCGAGGACGGGAGCUGGUGGGCGGAGAGGCUGCGGGCGGCGCACAACCGAUUGGCUCCGGUCUCCCUCUUCCAGAAGCCGAUCGUCAAGGUCAAGCUGGCUGACCUGAUGGCCGCCACGCAGGACUUCAACACCAGCCACAUCGUGGUCGCCGGGAGCUCACGGGCGGGGACUGCUUACCGAGCAGUGCUUCGGGACGGGUCCGCGCUGACGGUCAAGCGCCUGCACUCCUGCCCGCUCUCGGAGAAGGCUUUCAGAGCAGAGAUGGGGCGGAUUGGGCAGCUGCGUCAUCCCAACAUCGUGCCACUGCUGGGGUUCUGUGUUGUCGAGGAUGAGAGGCUGCUGGUGUACAAGCAUAUGGAGAGUGGGGCUCUUUCGUCGGUGAUGAAGAAGCCAGGGGAAGCGCCGCUGGAUUGGGCAACACGACUCAGGAUCGCAGUUGGGGCAGCAAGAGGCCUCGCGUGGCUGCACCAUGGGUUCCAGGUUCUGCAGAUUCAUCAGAAUUUGAGCUCAAGUGCUGUGCUUCUUGAUGAGGAUUAUGAGGCUCGGAUCACGGAUGUUGGGCUCACGAGGCUGGUCCGGAUGACGCCUGGCGAGGGCGGUGAUACUAGUCCUUUCCUGAAUGGGGACUUUGGGGAGUUUGGCUAUGUUGCCCCAGAGUGUGCUAGCAAUCCAGUUGGUACAAUGAAAGGCGAUGCAUAUGCAUUUGGAGUGAUAUUGUUUGAGCUUGUGAGUGGGCAGGAGGCUGCUGCUGUGGUAACUGAUGUGACGGGGGAAGGGUUCAAAGGGACAUUGGUGGAUUGGGUAAAUCAGCUCAAGGCUUCUGGUCGGAUUGGUGAUGUUGUUGAUAGGCCAUUGCGCGGAAAGGGUCAUGACAAGGAGAUUGAGGAGUUCUUGAAGGUUGCAUUUGCAUGUACCCAGCCUCGUCCGAAGGAGAGGUACUCAAUGUAUCGGGCUUAUCAUGCUCUGAAGAGCAUUGGACAGGGCCGUGAUGUCUCAGAGCAGUUUGAUGAGUUCCCGCUGGCCUACAACAAGGAAGAUUCAGACACCAUGUAGCUGAUGCUGAUCACGCAGUGGAUUGUGAAACCUUUUGGUGAGGCUCAAUGAUGCUAUACAUACAGCCUUGUUAUGGGCGGAUCAGGGGCAUCAUGAUUGGUAAGCCAACCAUAUUGAGGCACCAAAGUUGUCGCUGGAUGCUAGGUGGUCAAUUUGAUCGUUGCAUCAACUCGGAAUGCGAUAAUCAUGUAAGCUGUAAGAUCUGUUUGCAAUUCUGUAUCUCUAUUUGAGCUACUGCUAGUGCUUGUAGUAUCUGUAUGGAACUGUAAUUCUUGAUGUGCCUAAAUCCUGAUAUCACCUUUCAAAGUUCCAUCUUGGAACAACCAGCAUACUGUUCAGUCAUUAGAUGGGCACUUUUAAGUUCCAUUACUUUGAAACUUA